GAGGGGCGGCGACGCGAGCGGCGGCGGCGGCGGCGGCGGUUCCAGCAUGAAGAGGAGAGCUGGCCUGGGGGGCAGCAUGAGGUCAGUGGUGGGCUUCUUGUCCCAGCGGGGCUUGCAUGGGGACCCCCUGCUCACUCAGGACUUUCAGAGGAGACGCCUGCGGGGCUGCAGAAACCUCUACAAGAAGGACCUCCUCGGCCACUUCGGCUGUGUCAAUGCCAUUGAAUUCUCCAACAAUGGAGGCCAGUGGCUGGUCUCAGGAGGAGAUGACCGUCGGGUUCUGCUAUGGCACAUGGAACAAGCCAUCCAUUCCAGGGUGAAGCCCAUACAACUGAAAGGAGAGCACCAUUCCAAUAUUUUUUGCCUGGCUUUCAAUAGUGGGAAUACCAAAGUAUUCUCUGGAGGAAAUGAUGAGCAAGUUAUCCUUCAUGAUGUUGAAAGCAGUGAGACCUUGGAUGUGUUUGCUCAUGAAGAUGCAGUAUAUGGCUUGUCAGUGAGUCCAGUGAAUGACAACAUUUUUGCCAGCUCCUCAGAUGAUGGCCGGGUUCUCAUUUGGGAUAUCCGGGAGUCUCCCCAUGGAGAGCCCUUCUGUCUGGCAAACUAUCCAUCAGCCUUUCACAGUGUCAUGUUUAACCCAGUGGAACCCAGGUUGUUGGCCACAGCCAAUUCAAAAGAAGGAGUGGGACUCUGGGAUAUUCGAAAACCUCAGAGUUCUCUCCUGCGCUAUGGUGGCAACCUAUCUCUCCAAAGUGCCAUGAGUGUGCGAUUCAACAGCAAUGGGACCCAGCUGCUGGCCCUACGGCGGCGUCUGCCCCCUGUGCUCUAUGACAUCCACUCACGCCUGCCCGUGUUCCAGUUUGACAAUCAGGGUUACUUCAACUCAUGCACUAUGAAAAGUUGUUGUUUUGCGGGAGAUCGUGACCAGUAUAUCCUUUCAGGCUCUGAUGACUUCAACCUAUACAUGUGGAGAAUUCCUGCAGAUCCAGAAGCAGGUGGCAUUGGCAGGGUGGUCAAUGGAGCCUUCAUGGUGCUGAAAGGGCAUCGGUCCAUUGUUAACCAGGUUCGAUUUAAUCCCCACACCUACAUGAUCUGCUCUUCUGGCGUAGAAAAGAUUAUCAAGAUCUGGAGCCCUUACAAGCAGCCAGGAUGUACUGGAGACCUCGAUGGCCGGAUUGAAGAUGAUUCCCGCUGCCUCUACACCCAUGAAGAAUACAUCAGCCUUGUGCUGAAUAGUGGGAGUGGUCUGUCCCACGACUAUGCCAAUCAGUCAGUCCAGGAAGACCCCCGGAUGAUGGCCUUCUUUGACUCCCUGGUUCGCCGAGAAAUUGAGGGUUGGAGCUCCGACUCAGACAGUGACCUCAGUGAAAGUACUAUCCUUCAACUUCAUGCAGGAGUCAGUGAGCGCUCAGGCUACACUGACUCAGAGUCCUCGGCCUCACUGCCUCGCUCCCCGCCUCCCACAGUAGAUGAGUCUGCUGACAAUGCCUUCCACCUGGGCCCCCUUAGGGUCAACAGCACAAAUGCCGUGGCCCCGACCCCACCAACAUCCACAUGUGAGGACACAGCGUCCCGCCAGCAGCGCCUGUCUGCUCUGAGGCGCUACCAGGAUAAACGCCUUCUGGCUCUGUCCAACGAGUCCGAUUCAGAAGAGAAUGCCUGCGAGGUUGAACUGGACACAGAUCUCUUCCCCCGGCCACGGUCACCCAGUCCUGAAGAUGAAUCCAGCAGUUCCAGCAGCUCCAGCAGCUCAGAGGAUGAAGAGGAACUGAAUGAACGCCGAGCCUCCACCCGGCAGCGAAAUGCCAUGCGUCGGCGACAAAAGACACCCCGAGAAGAGAGGCCUAGUGCUCCAAUCAAGCCCACAAACACCUACAUUGGAGAAGACAACUAUGAUUACCCCCAGAUCAAGGUGGACGACCUUUCCUCCUCCCCCGCCUCCUCCCCUGAGCGGAGCACUUCCACCCUGGAGAUUCAGCCAAACCGAGCAUCACCAACUUCCAACAUAGAAUCGGUUGAACGAAAGAUUUAUAAAGCUUACAAAUGGCUCCGCUACUCUUACAUCUCUUACUCAAAUAACAAAGAUGGAGAGCCCUCCAUUGUGACUGGGGAGGCAGAUGAAGGGAGAGCAGGAACCAGCCACAAAGACAACCCAGUCCCUUCUUCUAGUAAGGAAGCCUGUGUAAACAUAGCUGUGGCCCAGAGGAGCCAGGACCAGCCCCCUGAAGGGCUUAGCAAGGAUGCUUUUAAAGAAGGGACUUCCACUAGAAAUCCUAGCAAUGGCCCAGGUCAUGAGCACAGCAGCUAUUCCUGGGCAGAGGUACCAGAGGGCACCUCUGAGGACACUAACAAUGGUGGCUCUCUAGAACACUCUUUUGAAACCAAGAAACUCAAUGGAAAGUCCUUAAGCAAGGCCCUGAGCAGCCAGGCUGAGGAGUCACCCUCUCUUCCAGUCCCUAAGCCAUCUGGCUCUAUUCUUGAUGGUGGGUCUGGCAACCGCCCCAGAACCCAGUCUGAUGACAGUGAGGAGAGGAGCCUUGAAACCAUCUGUGCCAACCACAACAAUGGACGCUUACACCCCUGGCCCCCACACCCCCACAACAAUGGGCAAAACUUUGGGGAACUAGAGGCAGUGGCCUUUUCUUCCCCAGGACACUCCAGCACUGACCAUGAUAACUUGUCUGUGUCAGGGACUCUCCUACACAAAGAUUGUUGUGUGUCCGGAAUGGCCAGCGAGGCCGCCAGUGCUGGAACGAGAGAGGACCCCACCGACCGCUCAGCCCCAGACAGCAGCCGGGCUGCUUACAGCCACAGUGGCCUCAAAAGGCACCGGGUUGAAUUAGAAGACACAGAUUCAGAGAAUUCCUCCUCAGAGAAGAAAUUGAAAACAUGAUAAAUACAAAGGGAAAACAAACAGCUACAAACAGUAGCCUUACACAUUUUAUCUUGUUAGUGAACACGGAGGAAAGGAAAAAAGUAUUAAAGGCACAUAAAACCAGGGCCUAGAAUUUUGUGUCCACUGCUGCUCCCUUCUAUUCACCAUUCACCAGUGGGUUUGAAUGUCUAGCCAUUGGCUUGUGCUGUGUUGAGGAGCAAAUCCAUGUGGCUCCUUUAUAGUGAGGCGAGAGCAAGGUUCUGGGAAAGGAAAUCCCUGUUGGGACGUUUGACUUGUUCUUGUGUGCAUGUGUGCACUGGUGCAUGUGAGCUCUUUGUCUCAUGUUACCUUUCUUUUAGCCAUCAGCAAGAAUCUGUGGGUCUGUAAUUUUUGCCAUCUCACCUGUUCACAUGCCAUAGGGGUUGUGGUGUUAAUGGUGAAUACUCUGUUCAAUCAGAUUGCGUUGCCAGUGAGUUGUAGAUUUAUGCUGGCAGAAAGCAAAGAGGCUUUCAGCCCACUGGCUACACUGGAGGGGAGAGCACUGUUCCUUUCUUACAGGAAUCUUCCAUAUUUUCUCAAAGGAACACUUCAUUGAACAUUAAAUGUGCACAUACUAAAAGAGCAUUUUUAAUGCUAGUGAGAGGUUAGCAUGUAAGAUCAGACUCAAGAGCACAUAGUUCCCUAAUAAAUUCUGCUGUUUGCAAACUGAGUGUGUGGCGAUGUGUACUGCACAGGGGCCAUACAAUAUGACUAGUCGCAGAUAACACAAAGUAGCCAGUCAGGCACUAGGUCAGGGCUUGUAGGCCAGCAGGUACUUCCUUGGAUUCAUGUGAUGGAGGCUUGACAUAUUGAAAGAAGGGGAAAACACAGCUUUCAAGAGCUCUGUGCUCAAACUACUAAAGUGGAUGUUAGAGGUGUGUUAAUGAAAUGUAGUGAAAAACAGUGUGCUACCAUAUUCUUUUGAUUCAACUCAAAACCAUUUGUCAGUGUUGGUGGGCCUGGUGUCUUUCCUCAGGCUUACAGUAAAGAAGCUUCGGAGUUCUGACUGAUCUUUGCAGAAUGGUAGGCAUCUCAAAGUGACAUUCUUACUGAGUAGGUCUGUUAGGAGGCAGAGGAUAUAGGGAGAGGGGUAUCUGAUUUCACCCCUGGCUCCACAAGAGACUCAGUUCUGUUGAGCUAUGUAAUGACUAAGAGGGAAAAAAAAAAGAGAGAGAGAGAUUUUCAGCCUUGUAGUGGUGUUUAGCAUCCCUCCUUGAAAGGUUAAGACAGGAAAACCUAGGAAUGACCAGGUGUUUUGUUGGCAUGGAUGACACUAAAGGCAGAAUACUGGCAAAAACACAAGGAAGAGAAAGAACAAUAACUUCAGUGCAGAGGUGUUAGAUAGCUGGAAGCCCAGUUGGCCUCACUGACCCAGCACUCCUUGUCUACCAAGGAUCUGGCCUGCUGGGACCUCGACCUGUGGGGGCUAAACCAUAAAUGAAGUCUAGUGGUGGAGCUGGGUUCUAUAUGCUUGGUGUAAGCGUAGAGGAGGUAACCAUCUUCGCUCUGCAAGGGAAGGUGUGCCUAGAAUGUGUGUGCUGUGGUUGGGGUGUGAAGUGCUGUGUUAGCAGGAGAUGGAGCGUGUGGGGCAGGGAUGCAUAUGGUUCAACAACUGGACUCUUACUGGGGAAGUGGGAUAGUGAUUCUGUAACGAAUAGAAUUACUCUGAAUUUGUAACCUAAAUGGUUCUAUAAUUUGUCUUUGACUAUUCACAGAUAAUUGUAAAUUCUGGUUUUAUAAGCCCAAGUCAUUUUACAUUUGCUUUUCCAAAAUGUAUUAAAUUUGAAUUUUUAAUCCUUUAUAUACAAAAAAGAAAUAACCACUCAGUGUGUGUUUCUCUUCCCCUUCUUAGUCAGCACGCCCAAUCCUUAAAGUUUGUUUUAUUUUAACCUGAUCAACAGAUAGCCUCUUCUGAUUUCUCCUAAAGACAGUUCACAUAUUCUGGAAGAAGAAAAAAAAAAUGAAGUUCUCUUGGUAACUAGCUGUUGAUGGUUAUAGUCCCCAGGUGCAGAACUGGGUCUUUGAUUUUUAAAAAGCCUUUACUUUGUUUUGGUUGCUCAAAAGAGAAGUUCCUAAUGUUCAUAAAGUCAGGUUUUAUUUUGGUUAACUAUAGAAGUCAAGAAGGACUGGAGGCAUGGCUCAAGUGAUAGAGCGCCUGCCUAAAAGUCAAAGAAUAUGGGUUCAGAAGGAUGCCUUCCGUCCUUGAGAGAGAUGUGCCGCAUUGCAGUUCCACUGGCCAGAAGAUUGAGCCCCAGAACAAACCCACUGAGCAUCUGGGAAGUGGGUAUUUAUUUUAGUUGCCUCACAUCUUACGUGUGUGAUCUUGGUCCUGAACCCCUGGCCAGAACUAUUCCUAUAGCUCCUCUGCCUGCACCACUGUAGAAUUGAGGUCCCAACUUGAGAUGCACGUAACCCCCAAAUGCUCCCGUGAUAAGUAUUUUCCUUAGCAGGGCAGAGAGCACUGAUAGAUUAAUAACUAUUUGAAAGUGUGUCUUAUAUUUUCCCCUUCCCCUCACAUCCUGUACAUAAAGUUUUAAAGUCGCAGGUUCAGAUAGAUAAAACCCUUUCUCUACACUUUACUUCCACCUGGUUUUGUAAAUGAUUCUCGUGGACAGCAAGUAAAUGAGUUAUAUAAGUUGUUGGCUUGGGGAAAAUGAAGUUGGCAACUGUGAUCAAUUUACUGAGCUGAGAGUCUUGUUGUCUGUCAAGGUGCCUUCCUCUGCUGGCCUUACCUCCUCACUGUCCCACCUCUCCUCACCCAGCGAGGCCGACUCUUCUCUUGUGUAUAUGCAAAUAAACGGUUAUUCACUUGUCCCGUC